CAGAACCAGUGUUCGACAAAUAACUCUGAUAACUGUCACGUCAAUGCAAUAUGUCACGGUACCGUUGGGUCCUACAUAUGUUUCUGCAAACCAGGAUAUAUGGGAGAUGGACGAACCUGUAGUCCUAAUGGUAAGAGAAAUUAACCCAAUCACAUGUCUUACUAAAUCCUAGAUGUUAAAGAUGAAUUAUCACUCUGUCUGAGUGCCGGGUGAUUUGAGGUUAGGUUGACUACAUGAUUUGAGGUGAGCAGUUAAUCCUACCGGGCUUAUUUUUGCUUCCUGCAACCGGAGAGUUGCUUCAGAGGCCCCUUCUUUAAAACUUCAAAACCGCUCAUGAAACGGCCAGAAGCGAAUUACACACUCAGAAUAAUCAUUUCCAAAAAUCUAUUUUUUUUUUGAUAUUUGAUGUAAUUUUCAUUUUGACACCAUGUUGUCAAUUUAUUAGCCACAAAGCUAGUAUUCAUAAGGAGUGAGAAUAGAAUAAACGGUUACAGUUUAAAAAGAUACAAAAAUAACAAUAAGUGUUAUCUUGGCGGGUAAAUUGCAGUGUUACUGAUUGCUCGAAAAACAAUCAAUUCAGUUGGUGCAGAGUUUUUAACAGUUUUGCCCGACCAUAGUUUUUUUUGUCAAAUUAAGGAAGUUGACUAUUUUUCUAGGCUUACAAGACUCCGUUAUUGUGGGAAACAACAGAAACAAUCUAACCCAUUUAAACAACUGGCUUUCAUUGGUGAUAAGAAGCAUUUAUUCUCGCUGGAGGCGCUGCUGGCGUGCAUCAGUGGACGGCUGGGCUGGAAGUACGUUUCACUCCCGUUGUGACGGCAAGGGACCGACCGUAACAAUAGUAAGAGUCGGGGAAUAUAUUUUUGGAGGAUACACUAGUGUUUCGUGGCACACAUACGGUAAGUAACAAUGUAAACAAUGGUCGAAUUUAAUAACAGCCCUGCCGUUGAAAGAAUUCCACUUGACAUGAAGCUUAAAGUUCAGCCGGAUAGUGAGCAAUGGAGUCAAUCAAUCUGCCUUUAAGGACGGUGCUUACCAAUGCCGGAAGUAUUUUUUUCCCAGAAAAUGACUACGUAGAUCAUACCAUUAAAUAGGGCCAUUGAAAUCCAAAAAGAAAACUGGGGGUAACCACGCAUUUUUCGGAGAUAAAUUCACCUCAAUGUGGAGAGAUAAAUGCUUAAUAGGCAUUUUAAGAAAAAAAAAAUAAAAAAAGUUAUUUUUCUUACAAAAUUUCAGAGUGUACACGUUCAACUUAACUGGCACAAAUAAGUGGGAAUAAGUGGGAUUUUUGUGAUGAUUUCAAGCGACCAGUGUAGAAGUGUUGAGGGGGAUCUAAGGAACAUGUUUUAUGUUGUCGGCACCUCUGUAAUUCGUGCAGGAGGUAUUUAAGGGGCACUGAACAAAUUGCCCUGAGCUUUACAUGAAAACUAGGCUAAGGUUUGGAAAUGCGUAAAAAAACGGCUGUUCAAUCACGUUCUUUUCUGUAAAUGUAAAAGUAAUAUAUCAUAAGACAUCUAGGAAUGUUUUAUUACCUCUAGAAUUGGUAAAAGUUAAAAAUCCAAAUUUUUGGCUCAAAAGAAGCCAGUUAACGUUGCCUUCGAUGAAAGUAAGAUUCCAUAGAUAUCAAUGUGGGAGAACAAGUAAUUUGUCCUGCAACAAAUGUGGACAUUCCUCGUUUUUUUCCCGGCACUUAAUAGUUCAGGUAUAAACUAGACUGCUUUUACAAUAAAAUAAGAAAUUCCAUUUUCAAACUAUGACAGUUAUCAAUAGGCUAUUUUUUUCUUCAUUGCAUGUGCUAAUACAUAUUCCAGUUUUCUAGUUUGGUGUUGUGUGUUGUCACAUGAACAUUUGGGAUACAUAUUGCCGUUACGUCUUUUACCCAGUCUAAAUGUCAGAAGCUCUACAGUAACUGGAGAGACCAAAGACCUCAAAAUUAAGCCAAAUGAACGACUUGUAGAGAAACCGACUUCUUAUGACAGAGUAUUGACGUGCAUAUAACAAUGGCCGUCUUACACCCAUUGCCCAUGUAGAAUAUUUCAAAAGUUGGUCAAAAUUAAAAACGUGUACAGCUCAAAAGCUUAAGGAUAAAGGAGCAUCGUGGCACAGACAGUGCUCAAGUGGUGCAAGGACGCCAUCCAUAGGUUCAUAUUUCGCAAUCGCUCACAGAUUUCCGAGCAAGAGAGACUGCUCGUGGUCUAUAUGGGAAUGCUUUGGCGAACAAGAGAACGGUAAGAGAGAGAGUUGGCUGGACCUAAUGAAACAAGACGGAAGAUUUUAAACGUGGCGCCAGAAGAAAUACCGCCGCGACUAAAGACAUCCAAAACAUCACCAUUUAACAUAGAUAGGUCAGAUAGGUGCUUCUUUUGUGACGGCAGUGAGUCUCGCGGGAAAGCCCUUUUACUUCUGCUACCCAGUCCUUACGUACAGAAUUUUCAGCAAUCACAGAGAUCAACUUAAGAAAAGGUAUGAUAUUGACUAUGUCCGACUUACAAGCGGCUUAUUUAUGGGAGAAUUCAUUGAAGCAAACAAUGUCCAUGAGGAUGUAUGCUAUCGAAAAACGCUAAAACCGUUAACUCAAAUUUUGAUACCUGAAGUGCACGUGGAGUUUCACCGACCACCAAAAAAAGCUAACAAAUCAGACCGACUAAGCGUUACGAGGACACGGGAUACCACCAUUCAGCUAGUAGAAAAGAAAAGUAGUGACGAUUCAAAACAAAUGAAUGUAAUGUUUGAAACUGCACUCUUGUUGCGGUAGGCAAUCAAUAACUGCACAAAAUGGGUGUUUUCAGUGAUUGGCCAGUACGAGGUUUCUGUCAGUUCCGAGCUAUUUGUUUGCACCUGAUGGUAAAGGGCUUCACAAUUUGUAAAGAGCGCUUUGAUACUGUUGUUGACGAUAUGAAAGACUGUUCGCAAUGAGAUGAGCGCUUUACUGCCAGAAUAAUCCAUAAGCACAAGUCCAAUGAUGAGGUCUCUCUGAUUUUCGAUAGAUAUGACUUGCCAUUGUGUCUGAGAACAGCUACAGUGGAACCAAUUUAAUACGGACGCCAAGGGCACAUGCCAUAAUGUCCGGAUUAUCCGGGUGUCUGUGUUAAGAGGGAUCUCAGAGAAAAAGGCAGGAACACAUGUUUUAUCGAUAUAAAGACCAAAGUAGACAGUUUUACGAGAAAACGUUGUUUAAUUCCUUAACUGUAACAGUAACAAGUUGAUCCUGAAGAAACCUCACGAUCAUUUAUCAUAGUCUCAGAGUAAAAUCUUUUAAGUAUUGUAUUGUUAUUGAAACAGGCACGACAGUGGAUUCAUUUAAGAACGUUGGUGACUUCACUUUGUACUAACGCUUUUAGUUUGCGACUCAGUCAAGUGGACUGAAUAUUAGACAUAUAUUGUACCUGCGUAAACAGGUAGGCUGGUCAAGAUCCCGUAUAUUAACGUAAUAGUAAUUCCACGCUUUUCUCAUAGUAAGACCAAGAACGAGCUAUCUAGCUACCUGGCAGAGAACUUCCUAGCUAGCUAUCAUGCUAUGAAGACAAAUCUACAAGUUGUUGGGGCCUGGGGUUACCAGUGUCGUGCAACAAAACAAAAUGGGAACCAUCUUCAAGGUGAUCAAGAAGAAGCAGACACCAAGAUGUUGUUACAUGCUCUGGACGCAACUGCCAACGGUGCAGUGGACCUUAUACCCAUUCUUCAGACACAGAUGUUAGUUGUGCCUCUAAGGCGCUAUCCGGAGCUGUGUGUGAAGACAGGGUGAUAACCAUCGUGUGAUUGGUCUUAGUUCAAUAGCUAGCGCCCUCGGUAGUGUUAAACUUGCCGCAUUACCAGCGUUCCAUGGUGAUAUCACGGGACGUUUUUCUGUUAGAGGGAAACUUUUAUGCUGGAAAACGUUCGUGAAAGCAGAAGAUACCAUAACUGCUUUUGGAAGCCUUAGAGCCACAGUGCAUCCCCUGAGACGAGACAUUGGUCCUUGUAGAGAAGUUUAUAAACCAGCUUUAUCAGCCUGGAACCGGUAUCUCACAAGUCAAGGAACUAAGAUUGCAUACAUGUAUGUUCACAAAAAAGUCAGGCGUAUCGGAUAGGCUUCCACCAAACGAAGGUUCGUUUUAUGAAGCAAUUCUCCGCGCCCACUAUCAAAAUGAUAGUUUCGAACAAUGAUAAAGUGUUCUGUCCUAGUUUGCCAAAGCCAGAUGGGAGGGAAGUUAAAUGGAUCCCCAUUAUGACAAAGGCACCUGCUCCUAAAGAAAUCGUCCUAUUGGUCAAGUGCGGCUGUGAAAGAACCGAUGCUCACACAAUCGAUGCCACUGCCGAAAAUCAGGCUUGAAUUACGCCAGUUAAAUGGAUCCCCAUUAUGACAAAGGCACCUGCUCCUAAAGAAAUCGUCCUAUUGGUCAAGUGCGGCUGUGAAAGAACCGAUGCUCACACAAUCGAUGCCACUGCCGAAAAUCAGGCUUGAAUUACGCCUACCUCUGAGUCUUGCUGUGACAGUGAUGAUCCCUGUGAAAAGGCAUGUGAAGAUACUAGUACACUAAAAAUUGAGGACGAGGACCCUGACAGUGAGGUCUAGAAAGAUUAGAAAGUCGAAAUUUGUUAAAAAAUAUGGCUUUCAAUUUGUCAGUGGGAAAAGUUAUUAACGUUAGAACUCUUUAAGGGUAACAUUGUAUCAAGUCUCUACUUCAGAUCACGUGACCACGCAAAAAGUGUCACUAUCAACUACUUAUUAAGUAAGACAUCCCAGAAUAUGGAAACUGAUUGUCGUUUGUUCCAAAAUUCCAAUAAACGGCCAUUUUUCAGUCGUUUUAUCUGUUCAGCCUAGUUCUCAUGCAGGACAGAACAGUGCUCUUCUUUCAAUGCCUUCUAAAAAUCCUCUGCAUGCAAUGCAAAAGUGCCGACAGCAUUAAACAUGUUCCUUAGGUCCCCCUUAACAGUUCUGUACUGGUCGCUUGAAAUCAUCACGAAAAUCCCACGGGAAUACCAUUGCUCCUAGACUAAAAUGCAAUGGUAUAAUUGUAUCCAGGCUUUAAAAUAAAGAAUAAAUGGUAACAUAACAACUGCUCUUACAAGUCUUCUUUAUCUCAUCACUGUGAACUGGGCAGUUAUAGACUAAUUAGUUCGAUUUGGCAAGAUAUCAUUCGCAUCAAUUUUGUAGUUCUGUACAAUUUUCCCCACCCCCUUCAAGAACAAACCAUCUCAAGCAUAAAAUAACUAUAAUUAUUUUUCAUUCAAAAUAUUUCCCCGUUUCUGGUUGGCUAAAAGCACACGCAUAAUUCACCAUAACCAGUUACUGAUGACCAAAUUUAGAAGAAUUUGGUGUUAAACGAGGAAAUGACGUCAAAAAUGCAGCGUUCUUAUAGGUUAAUGCACCGUUAACCGAGAAGACCUGGGGACGAGGUUGAGUUGUUUUGGUUGUGAAAACAAAAAAAUGGCGGACAUUUCACUCUUUUCAAGAGUAAGAACUAGGCGAAAUUAUAGCUAAAAACAUGGCAAGAACAGCAAGAACACAACUCGAAGGAGAAUAUUUGCGAAGCUGAACAACCCUAAACGUGCACUAUCGAAGGUGAACUUAACAUCGAUGGAGGUAAGCAUGUUUUAGCUUUGUUUUUUAAACUAGGAAUUAUUUUGAAUGAAUAAUAAAGCAAUGAUUGAAUUCGGCUUUCGUAUCAUAUGAAGAAUUAUGGAGAUCUCGGAGGGUGUUACCGGCCUCAGCCUACGGCCUCGACAGAUAACACCCCCCUCGAUCUCCAUAAUUCUUCAUAAGAUACUCAGCCUCAUUCAUUAAUUGUUAAAUAAUAGCCUCGGGAACCACACAGGAAAGAAGAAACAUAUACUUCAGGGUGUUCCAAAAGUUCGUUUUUCUAAUUUCACGCGCUAUUUACUUUAUUUUUAUAUGAAAUUUCUUAAAGAAAUCGAUUUCACUAUCCAGUAAAUGUAGUCAAAAGUUCAUUAAUCAGGCAUGCCCCCUGUUUUUUUUAUUAUUUAAUUCAUCGCAUACUUUAGCAGUUGCGGCAUAAAGAUGGUUAACUCAUGUAGUAUAUCUGGUAUAUCAGGAUUCUGAAUGUCGUAAAUGACACCUUUUUUCAAUUCCUUUUCUCUUUAGUAGGUUACUACCAAAGGUAUAAGUAUGACUCCAAAGCCUUUUUAUUUUCACUGGUAAACAAGCCAGGAUGGGCACCUGUUAAACUGCCUCAGACAGGGAAAUACAGUUCAAGCAGAAUGUCCUUAUAUUUUCACCCCUCAUAUGGCCCUACAUUCGGAGGAGGACAUGACAUUUACUUGCCCAGCUUCGCCUCAUUCGGGACCAGUUCUUACAGUAACCUUGGCUAUACUUAUUACGACCCAACGGGUGGAAAUAGCUACGACACCACCUUCACCCGAACAUUUCUGGCAGGAUCACACCGCUUCACACCAGACGAAAUAGAAACAUUCUACGAGACAACAUAA